AUGGUAGACUCGUGUUGGCGUGACGCGAGUCAGCCACUGUCUCGGUGGGGUUUCAGUGAUGCGGCUGCCGGCUCAAGUGCUAACUGCGCCAAUCCCCCUACAGACGGCACGGUGGCGGAUGACAGGCAGGACAUGAGUCAGGCUCGCCGCGCAAGCGUCAUAUCGGAGCUGCUCAAGCGAGGGAAGGACUCGCAGCAGAUGCUCGCGGUAGGGAAGUCGGUGGCCAGGGAGGCGGAGGAGCUGCGGCGCGCCGCCGAGCUCGAGGAGUACAAGCUCCGUCUUGCCCAGACCCGGAAUCGGCUUCUGCGAGGCCGUCUCGCCACACUUACGCACGAGCGCCACAAAAGGGCACAACACGUGUUGUUGAGUUACAACUGGAAUAGCGUUGAUAUCGUUGGGACUAAGCGAGCAGCGGCUUCUCAAAUCAGCCCAUCGCCUGAUGGUUCUGACUACACGAACGACAUCGUCGAGGCCCGACGCCAGCUCGAUCAGUGCACCAAGGAGCUGGAGGAGAGCCGGAUGCGUCUGCAUCAGCUGCAGCAGUACCACCUGUGCCAGCUCAGUGGGCACCUUCAGCCAAUUAUGACAGCGGACGAUGCGUUGCGCACUACCGAGAACUUCCUCGACUCGGAGACGAAUAUGGCGGUGCGUGCCACCGUGGUCGACUCCUUAUUGGAGGUGAACCGGACCCUGAAGCCGCUGUCGGUGCAGCAUGAUGGUCUGCAGAGCCUGGAAGGUGUUUUGCCAUGCUUGGACAACGUCGCAACGUUGUGGGAUCGGCUGGCGGUGCAGAACUUCGUUGUGGGGCGCAUCAACCGUCUCUUCACCUGCAUGUGCCCCACAGCACCACCGCUAACGCUUCUGAAGGACACGAACAUGAUGUAG